AUAUUUGCAAUGCUGACUGCGCUAGUCUUCUUCCCGAAUAACGAUGUGUCGCCUCUUCGACGUCUGCGCAUCCAGAAAGCGCAAGAGUAUGGCGCUCUGUGGGAGAAAACAUGGGGUGAUAAUAUCACGCAUGUUAUAGUUGAUAAAGGCUUGAAGUUUUGCGAAGUCCUGAAGCAUCUAAAUUUGGAUUCGUUCCCGCCGAACAUCGCUCUAGUUGAUGAAAGCUACCCCUCUGAGUGUAUCAAAUUUCGAUGCGUCUUGAGCGCGUCCCAUGUGCGAUUCCAAGUCAAUGGUGCGCCGUCUGAAGCAAAGGAGAUAUCAGCCGCAAAUCAAGCUCCAUUAUCUCGAUCUUUGUCUCUGAAACCGGCUCGAAACCGCGAGACGCAACCGUCCCAAAUCUCAGAGCAUCAAGAGCACUCCCCUGCGCCGUAUUUAGAGCUAGCUGGUCUCUCGAAAGAUCCUCGCGAUCAAGUUUGCGAGCCCUUGCCUUCGAGGGAACGGGACGUGCUGGAUGAUAUGAUUGAGGAGGCCCAAGCCGCGAAGCAUCUGCCCUGGGACCCGCUGGACGGCUUAGAGUGUGACGCUGCUGUCGCGGCCUCUGAUCUCUCGGAAGACUCCGAGUCCGAGACUGCUGCAAUGCAGAAAAAGCGGAAGCGAUGGGACGAUGAGCAGCAAAAGUUUUUGUGCAUGCAGAAACAUGAUUCGACGUUCAAUUCCGGCAACCCGAACCUCAGGACCAUUGAAGUGCUGCAGCAGAUGCUGGAUUAUUAUACUCGAACGUCGGACCACUGGCGCACGCUGGCGUACCGCAAGGCCAUUAGUGCUCUUCGAAACCAGUCGACGAAGGUGGCUACCCGAAACCAAGCCCUCUCCAUAGCUGGAAUAGGGCCACGGUUAGCGGACAAGAUCGAGGAAAUUGUGUUUACCAAUCGACUCCGUCGGCUGGAGAAUACGAACAGGACCCCCGAGGACCAUUUACUUCAAGAGUUUUUGGGCGUUUAUGGGGCGGGCGUCUCCACAGCUUCCCGAUGGAUCGCUCAAGGGUACAAAUCGCUGGCGGACCUGCAGGCCAGGGCUUCUCUUACGGCGGCGCAACGCAUCGGGGUCGAGCGCUACGACGAUUUCUCCCAGAGAAUCCCACGCAACGAGGUGGCAGCACAUGGGGAGAUUGUCCGUCGGGCGGUGCACAGGGCGAACCCGGAAAUGCAGGUGAUUGUCGGGGGCUCAUACCGACGCGGUGCAUGCGACUCGGGCGACAUUGACCUCAUCAUCACGAAGCCCGAGGCCACGAUCGAGGAGAUCCGGACGAUGAUGACGGAUACAGUGGUGCCUCAGCUUUUCCGGCAGGGGUUUCUCCAGGCCAGUUUAGCGACCACGUCCCGAGACGAUGGGUCGAAAUGGCAUGGGGCGUCCAAACUCCCGGGUCGAGCGCUCUGGCGCCGGAUCGAUUUGCUUUUUGUCCCCGGGGCGGAAAUCGGGGCGGCAUUGAUCUAUUUCACGGGGAAUGAUAUUUUCAACCGCAGCCUGCGACUGCUUGCCAGCAAGAAGUCGAUGCGCCUGAACCAGCGCGGGCUCUACACAGAUGUGCUACGGGGGCCGCAACGGACGAAACUCAAUGCAGGGCGAUUGAUUGAGAGUCGCGAUGAACGACGGAUUUUUGCGAUCCUUGGAGUUCCCUGGCGACCUCCCGAGCAUCGGAUCUGCUGA